UCGGUGUCGGGGAACGGGGGGCGGCAUCGGGGCGCUGCCCCUGCCCGCCCCGUCGGCGGCGGCACGCCCGUCCCUACCCGCGCCUCCCGGUGCGCGGGGCGUAGCAGGGGGAGUGCCGGCCGCCGCCGGGGCGCGGAGCCGCCGGACACGGCCCCAUAAAAGCGGCGGCGGCGGCGGCGGGGCCGGGCUGCGCCUCCUGGGCUCGGCGGGGCCGCCCCGACGGCCGCAUGACCGCCGAGAGCCGGCUGCCCCCGGGCCCCCCGGGGCCCCCGCCGCCGCUGAAGGCGGACCCGGCGCCGCCGGGGGACGAGGAGGCGGCGGCGGCGGCGACGGGGGGGACGUCGAGGGGCGGUCGUCGGCGUCGCAAGCGGCCGGCGGAGCGGGGCAAGCCGCCGUACAGCUACAUCGCCCUCAUCGCCAUGGCCAUCGGGCAGGCGCCCGAGCGGCGGCUGACGCUGGGAGGCAUCUACCGCUUCAUCACGGAGCGCUUCCCCUUCUACCGCGACAGCCCCCGCAAGUGGCAGAACAGCAUCCGGCACAACCUCACCCUCAACGACUGCUUCGUCAAGGUGCCCAGGGAGCCCGGCCGCCCCGGCAAGGGCAACUACUGGACGCUGGACCCGCACGCCCGAGACAUGUUCGAGAGCGGCAGCUUCCUCCGCCGCAGGAAGCGCUUCAAGCGCAGCGACCUCUCCACCUACCCGGCCUUCCUCACCGAGCGCCCCGCCGCCCCCUGCCGCCUCUUCCCCCCGCCCGCCGCCGCCGCCGAGCUGCCCCCGGACCCCGCCGCCGCCUCCUGCGCCUUCUCCGCCGCCUCCUGCCCCGCUCAGGGCUGCAACGCCGCCGCCCUGCCCCACGGCUACGGGCCGAUGCCCUCCGCCCCCGGGCCGUACGCCCCGGCCGGCCCCGGGCACCUGUACGCGCCCCCGGGGCGCUUCGUGCUGCCCGCAUCGCCGCCGGCCCCCGCCGGGCUCUACGCGCCGCUGCCCCACUCCUACGGCCCCGGCGGGCAGAUGGGAGCCGCCGAGCACGGGCCGCGGCACGGAGCCUUCCCCGGCGGCCCCGACAGGUUCGUCCCGGCGCUCUGACCCGCCGCGGGCGCCCGGGGC